AUGGCUGAACGCUACUAUACUCUGGCAGAAGGCUGCCCUUUUGCUAGCAACAGCACCACCGUUCAACUGCGGAACAACUCUGGUGGCGGGCUUUCUUUGCUCCAAGAUACGCAACUCAUUGAGACUCUCGCCCAUUUCUCUCGUGAGAGAAUCCCUGAGCGUGUGGUUCAUGCCAAAGCGGUGGGCGCAUAUGGAGAGUUCGAAGCCACUAGCGACUGCUCCGAUAUUACUUCUGCUAGCUUCUUGAGCAAGGCUGGCAAGAAGUCUCCCGUUCUUCUUCGAGUAUCUACGGUUGGACCUGAAGCCGGUUCGGCCGACACCACUCGCGAUGUUCACGGAUGGGCCAUGAAGACGUACACGGAUGAGGGUAACUUGGACUGGGUUUUCAAUAACACGCCGGUCUUCUUCGUUCGCGAUCCGAUUAAGUUCCCUUCCCUGAACCGUUCGCACAAGAGACACCCUACGACUCAUCUUCCUGAUGCAAACAUGUUCUGGGACUUCCACGUCGGUAACCCCGAGGGUAUCCAUGAACUUCUUCACCUCUUCAGUGACCGUGGAACACCAAAGUCUAUCCGCAAUAUGAAUGCCUACAGUGGACAUACCUACAAGUUCACUAAAGAGGACGGAUCAUUUAAAUAUAUCAAGAUCCACAUCAAGAGCGCCCAGGGUGUCAAGAACAUGACCGCCGAGGAAUCUGUCAAGAUUGCAGGCGAAGACCCCGAUUACCUCAUUCGGGAUAUGUACGAGGCCAUCGAAAAGGGUGAUUACCCCGUGUGGAACGUCUACGUCCAAGUUAUGGACCCGGCCGACGCGGAGAAAUACCGUUGGAACAUCUUUGACAUGACCAAAGUUUGGUCUCACAAAGACUACCCGCUGAGACAAAUCGGAAAGUUGACCAUGAACCGCAAUCCUAGGAACUACUUCGCCGAUAUUGAGCAGGCGGCCUUCUCCCCAUCCACAAUGGUGCCCGGUAUUGCACCAUCCGCUGAUCCAAUGCUCCAAGCCCGUAUGUUCGCCUACCCCGAUGCCGCCCGGUACCGUCUUGGAGUCAACUACCAGCAGCUCCCAACCAACGCAGCCAAGGCACCUGUCUACUGUCCUUACCAGAGAGAUGGCGCCAUGCGGUUCGACGACAACUACGGCGGCGACCCCAACUACGUUGGCUCAUCCCUUCAACCCACCAAGUUCUACCAAGAGGUGAAGAACUCGGGAGCCGCCCGGCUGAGCGGACUGACCGAACACGAGAAAUGGGUGGGAGAAGUGACCAACUUCCAGAGCCAUAUUACGGAUGAUGACUUCGUCCAACCCGCCGCUCUCUGGGAAGUCAUCGGCAGGGAGCCCGGCCACCAGGACAGAACGAUUGCGAACCUGGCGGGCCAUAUCAAGGGCGUCCGCUCUCCUCAGCUGCGCAAUGCGGUCUAUGCACUCUUCACAAAGGUUAAUGCAGACCUCGGCGAGCGUCUUAAGAAGGCAACCGAGGCCGCGGUGUCUGCUUAA